AUGGAAAGACUGCCAUCUGAAGAAAAACUGCUACGCGUGACGGUGUUCCUAAACCCUUUCGCUCACCAGAGAAGAAUUUUGGAGAAAUUUGACGAAAAUGCGAUGCCACUUUUACAAAUAAGUGGUCUCGAUGUUCAAAUGGUGUACUUGGAUGACGAUGACGAGGCGAAGACUUACUCAAAUGUUUUGGAUCCUACGAGCACUGAUGCCAUUAUUGUAGCUGGUGAUGAUAAUCUUCUUGCUAAGACUGUGACGGGUCUUCUUCGAAGGAGUGAUUACGUGGUAUGUCCGUACAAUUCACUUCAUGAUUUAGACUACAAAUCUCAGAAAGACUUCCCGACUAGAGAGGUUUUUGCCAUGACUGGCAUCGAGUGGGGCUGUUGGCGGGACGUCGAAUACGGUGGCGGCGGGCUCUCCCUAACGGCUGCUCGACCUGCUAGUCACAAAGCGCGUCUCGCUGAUGCAGACGACGCCUCGUAUUAUUACUCGCCACGCCAAUGGGCCAAGCGUGUAGGAGCCGUCUUCCGGCACGCUUGGUGUUACAUUCGAUCUCCCGUCUUCGAUCCCUCGCCUCCCACAGUGGAACAGUUAGAACGCUCCAACAAGAAGCACAAGCCCCUGAGACGAGGCUGUGCCAAGCAGGCUACACUCGUGGUCAAGCCUGCAUGCCCAGGGUGCAAAAAGUGUUGGUCUGAGAAAUAUAGCGUAAGUGUAUCGCAUCUUUUGUUAACUGAGGGGCACCACGCAAAAACGUUGGCUGUGUCGAAAAUCCCUCCCCGGCCUUCUCAGUCGUUGUGGUUCGGCCGGCUUCUCGGUUCGCCUUCGUAUUCAGGCUCCAAGAGACCCAAUGGAAACGCUCGAAGUGGUCAUGAGCAAAUUGUGGACAAGGAAAAUCCCGAAUGUGGCCUGGAGACACGUCUGGAUGUGCCACGGGCGUCGCGUAUCGUCAUUUCUCUUGACGGAGACUACAUCCGUGUCAGCGUUUCGCCGCCAGCCAAUGGAGUCGUGAGCUACGUGAAGCAGGCUUUGGCGAACCUCACCUCACCGGCGUAUCAUUGUGCCGUGAAGGAAGAGCAUGUCUCCCAGCCGCUCGAGGCUGCCGCAUCGCGCUUGCCACAACAACAACAGGCGAUGGUGGUAGGCGAAUCCGACGAGUUCACCCUGCUCUGCUCCUCGGUUACUCUCUAUCCUGGCCGCUGCGAUCUCCUAAUCGGUUCCUUCUCGAGGCCAAACACUGAACUGGUUGUCUUUUUCGUGCGGCUUAAUGCGGCUUCAACCGUUCUCCCUGCACCAAUUCUCACUGAAGUGAGCGUCCUCGGAUUCCCCGUUACUCCGCCCGCUGCCUCCAUCGAUCAUGCAGCAGCGCCUUAG